UCGAAUUUAUUUAAAACUUGAAAAAAUGCAGCCGCAAGAAGUUACGAAACACCAAAAUGGAUCAAGCCAUCCUUGAUUAUCGUGAAUUUUGAGUUGACUUCAAACCUUCGACAUACUUUUUCGAUUUCAAACGACUUGUAACAAAUUUUCUGUAUCAAAAAUGCAACGUGAUAUACCGCAAGCUAGUAGAAAAUCCCCCCGGAAGCGACGCUUGACAGACAUAAACCGCAUCUUCAUCGAUGUGCUCGACGGUAGUGGGCAAGCUCAGGUGAUUUCUGAAUAUUCAACUGUUGAGUCCAGUUCCGAGCGCACCGUUAUCCGAAACUUCAUCACAGUUCCACUGCAUCCGAGUGCCUAUGACGGUAGCCAUCAAAGUGAUUAUGAAUCCUCAACGGACAGCCAGUCAGAAUGGAGUAAUUCGGUAGAGUCUUUGAUUUCGGAAGAUAGUGCGACCCCAGACGAUGAAAUGACUCUGGAAGUGUACGAUGAUAAUCCUAUUUUUUCUGUUCCGGUUAUUGAGGUACCGGGAGAGCAAACCACAGCUGGCUUGGGACAGCAAAGACUAGUACGGAAAGAUGACAGCAGUAGUCACCAGUCGAUUUCGGUUGUUGGUAAAGUUCGAGGACAUGCCGUUGGGGCAGUGAUUGAACCCACUAGCACCGUUCUAAUGCAGCUUUCAACAAGCAGUGCUGAAAUCGCGAAUGAACGGGUUCUGAAUUGCGUACGGGAUAUAAAUGAACUGCUAGAUAAUGAGGAGAGCGUUGUGAUUUUAAAGUGCCCCGGAGUGGAAGAAUCGCAAAGCUCACGGAGAGCGUUUUUUGAUCAUAGAAGAGCCACUCGGAAGAUGAUGGAAAUGACCGAAGAUAUUUUGCGGAGAAUACAAGGAUCGUCAAGAGAAUCUAUCUUGGUAAAGUUGCAGAAUACCCUACGGGAGAUCUUAAACCAACCAGAGGACACAAUUGUAGUUCACAGCUAUUCUAGAGAAAAGUUGGAAGAAGAAGAAUCUAUGGGAGAUGCUCUUGUUGCUUUCUUCAGCAAAGAUGAUGAUACGGCUUUAUACGUACGAACCAUGCAGUCAAAAGAGCAUCAAAGUGAAAGCUUUUCCGGAAGUGAAGACGAAGAUCAAAUGGCAUUGGAUCGACUCAGAAAUUUCCUUCAGAACUCGAUGAUUAGUCAGGAGGAAAUAAUAGAAAGGUCAUUGGCGAUAGAACCUGCUCUAACUGUGAGUCAAUCUGGAAAUAAAAUCGUCGGGGUAUUGAGUUUUCCCGAUGCAUCAUCUGGAAUUGUGACAACUACGUCUGAACGCUUCCCUGUUGAUGGGAGCCAUGAUGAGAAGACAAAAUCAACUAUAAAUCUGUUUAGAAAACUGGUCCAACAGCCCAGUGAAAAGUUGUUGGUUCAAGUAUACUCCGAUGAGAGUCGCAGUCUACAAGUGAAGCAAAUGAAGCAGGACCUGGAUCGCACAGUGCAAAGUGAUUCGAUGGAGCAAAAACUUCCGGGGAUUAGUGUUAGAGAGAGUGAUGAUAAAAUAAUAGGUGUACUGAGCUACGCUGGGGGUUCAAUUGUCAUUCAAACCUCAAGUAAAAAUUGGAUUAAACAUCAAACUAAUGGAAGUCCACAAGGUUUGUUGGUAGCGAUUCGGCUUUUGAUGGAGAAGUUGAUAAUGGACGAUGAACUUAGCGAAACAGACAAAAAACAAAUAGCUUCGAUCAUUGCGGGGGUCUUUCACAGUGAAACAAUUGAAUUAUCGGAUGAGUUUCUCAGUAAACCAGUGCUCGAUAAGAUCCGGUUGAUUGUCCAGCAGCUGAUGAAACCUGCGGAAGGCGAAGAUCCACUUGUAAUAAUCAGUGAAAUUCAAGAUACCCUCCAAGAUGUUGCUCGUCAGCGAUCAACUGGCAACAAAAACUUCGACACUGGAGAUUUGUUGUGCAAAUACUUCGAAGAGUUAGUUUGCAAUGAAGACUCAGAAUUUCAAGCUAAUGACAUUCUUCAGGCGCUACGUGAUGGAUUAUUGAACAUUCUUGUAUAUUACGAAACUUCGAUAUCAAGUGCGCUUGACGAACUUCUGGAGCUUCUAAAGACAGUUCCUGUCGAUGUCGGAGAAUUUAAUGUAUCAAGAUGCCCUGGGGUAACGCUGCUCACCGAUCGUCAGCAAAAGCCACCACCGCCUUCAGAAGAAUUAAACAUUCAAUCACUGGAAGUAGUUCAACAGAUCCACGAUUUACUCAGUGAUGAGGAACCGGUCGAGGACCGUGCAGUAACCUAUAUGUCAAUGUUUCAAACACUGUUUCUGACCUUGGUCAAAAUUUUUGCCGGUUGGAGUCUCAAGGUGAAGGCCUUUCUUAACAAGGCAACUGAGGAGCUUCCGAGAUCCCAACCUUCGCUAGGUAAGAAACCAUCCGUUUCGUUUCAUUUAGUUCAGGAGUCGGACGAUGAAACGCCUCCGGAUAUAUCUGUUCAGCUACAGCAAGAGCGGGAGCAUUUAAAUGAAACUAUCGAUGAGCUACGGUUAUACCUGGAACAGUCGUUAGGUGUUCCGGAUUCUUGGCAACGAGAACGCAGAGGAUCGUUACUGAAAUCCGUAACAGAUCACAAAGAGGUGAAAGACCGAAUGCUGACACUGUUUGCUAAAUUGCUGGAGGAGUCGGGAAAACUUAAAGUGACGGACCGAUCCUCAGAGAUGAUACGCCUGAGGCUGGAGUCGGUAUCUGGGGAUCUGCUGCGGCGAGAAUCCGACCAGUUUGUGGUGCUGAGUGGUAGUGUUCGGGAUCGGCAACACAAUUUAGGGCUGUUCUUCGAGGCUCGAUUGAUAGAUUUAAAAUACAGCCUUGAAAUGGAAUCGGAAAUGGAGUACGUAACGGAGGUGCGACGACUGUCGGAUGAAGUGGACGACGAUAUCGAGCAAGUGGUGAUUCCGACGAUUGUGGAGUCCUGUCUGGCGCACAUUGGAAGCGAACGUGACGAGAUGGAAGUUAGUGUGCGACAGGAGUCGUGGGAGGUUGGACUGCGAGAAAAUCUGAGUAGGUACUUUGGGUUGAUGCAAAAUUUCGUCCAAGAGUCAGUGGAACCGAUGAGGGACACUCUGGAGAUGGUUUUGCAGAAAAUGUCUGUCCUGGGUUCAGAGAGGGUUCGGGAGCUGAGGUCGAGUGUUACACAAGCUGGAAGCAGUUUGAUGGAGGAUUACGUUGUCGAACUGCAGGAGAGUGGAGAGGAAGUGCAUGACCAGCACAGCGGAGCUGUGGAAUUCGAAGAUAAAUGUAUUCAAAGUAAUUCUUUGGAAGACCCAGAAAGCCUAGCUUUACACCAAGAUGAUCGGAUGGUGGCAAUUGAAAAGGAUUUGUGCGAAAUAAAAAACAAGCUGCAACUCUUAGAUCAUAUCUAUGAGUUUAUGGCUGAUUCUAAGGCGUCAUUGCAAUCAAAGUCAAAAAAAUCAACACCUGGUUUGAUAAAAUCAACACAAAACAUAACACAAUUCAAUGAGACAGAUAUUCUUCCAAGUGCUCCUCCUUUCGAGGAACUAGAUGAAUAUUCCGAAGAUUUAGAUGUAGAGCAUAUCAAAAACCUGGAUGUCGUUCAAGUGGUUCGAAUUUAUACGCAACCUUCGCAAGUUUCGCUACCUAAUCAAGACGUUAAUGAUGAUGUUCAAGUUACGCAAACUCAUUCACAAUCUUUUCAAAGUUCACUAUCAAGUCGCAGUGAGUUCGAAUCUGCUGUUGAGUGUUCUUUGGUUGACAAGGAAACUAUCGAGAGUGGUUCGUCUGAACAAAUCCUUUCAGUUGAAACAGUUAUUGAAGGCAAAAUGGAAGCUGAAAUUGAAAAAACUCCAACCAUAGGUAGUAUGGAUUCGUCGCCAGAUCUCAUAGAAAUGCCAGCAGAGAGAGCGGAUGAUCAACAGCCUUUAGAACGCUCUGGAAAGAUGCAGGAUUCAGAUAUACAGUUCAUUUCGGCUGAAAACUGUUUACCUGAAGAAGACAAUAUCAUAAGAUCAAGCACAACAAACUUGGCUAGAAUACGGUCAGCAGAUGAAUCGUUUCAAACAAAUCAAGAAGACUCGCUAUUUAAAGUCUCAAAUAGCAAAUCGGUGUCUUUCGAGGAUAUCUUUCGAUCCCAUUUUUCUAGUGAAGCGAUGCGACAAAGUGAACAAUUUUCAACACCGGGAGACUCUACAAUAACAGAAGACUCAACAUGCCGACAGAUGAUUAGCUCUUCACGGGAAGAGUUACCACAAGACGACCAAUUGAAAGAUGGGAAAAUCCAAGGAGAGGUCACGGGGAAUUCACCGCUAACUACAAAAUGUAUCCCGUGUGAAGAUUCAAAUGAUACGUUUUUCUCAACUCAAAAUUGUACAUCAGUUGCGGAGGAGAUCGCUGAUACCAGUUUCGAAAAUAAUGCAGACAUUUUAACACCUCAUGAAUCGGUUCGAGUGAUUCAGCAGCAAUCGCUCGAAGUUCUAGAACGAUCUGCACAACCCGAGCAAUUAUUUGAAUCGCAGUCUCAACCAAUAUCAGAAGAAAUUGAAAAAACCGGUCUCACCGAAUCAAUUCCCCUAGGUUCCGCAACUGAAAUGAUCAAUACAAAUUCCGAUGAUCCUCUCGCCUUACAGUUCAAUUUCAAAUUAACAAACGAAUACGAGUUAUCAGCAAUGGAAGUAGACGUUCGUGACUCAAUAACGAAUAUAACCGAACCUACGCAAGAUUCUUGCUCUGAAGAAGAUCUCCUUCCACCUUUAAUUGAAUCAACGAGAGAAGCAGAUGAUCGCUUAGAUUUUCAAACCCCAACUGACCGUGGGGCUUCUGGAAGUGUCCACGAAACAACUGAACUCGUUGAAUGUGUUUUGGAACAGGAAAAUACUCAACUUGUUCCAGCUGAUUCCAUCCAACAGAGAAUUACUGAAAAUUCGCUUCCACAAACUGUGAGCACCACGAAUGAAAGCACCGAUCAUGCCAGACACUCGUCAAUAGUAACGAUUAAUGAUCAAAUCUCAACAAGUACACAGCCUAAUGAUUGUAGGAACUCAUGUCCAACCAUUCGAGAAGAAACCACAAAUCCCCUCGGAGACCAGAGACGCGAUUCAUGUAACUUAGAAGUUUGUCGUACAGUUACGACCCCACCGCAUUUGUCGUAUAGCGACCGUCAACGGAAUUCUCGAUCGAACCUGUGUAGUUUAGCUCUAAGUUAUCAUUGUCCAGCUGAAGACAGCCAUAAGCGAUACGCUUGUCCAGCGGAGAUUUACUCCUGUCAUCAGGUCGGCCCGGAUCAGUUGAUCAUUCACUGGGAUGUAGCUGACCAAUUUCUCGAUCAAAUCGUAGGCUACAAGAUUCAGUUGAACGGUGAACUACGUGUCGUUUGUUAUUCCCGAAUGCGAAGAACAGCUCUGCUAGAGAACGUCGACGUUAACCGGCAGCACCGAAUUGCUAUCUAUCCUACACCGAAAGCCUCAAUUGGAGAUCACGUCACACCAUGGAGCCCCGGAGUGUUCUUCUAUCAUCGUUAA